UCAUCACAGCGCACCGGAAGCGGCCCGAGGAUGAAGAGUGUGAUCUACCAUGCUUUUUCUCAGAAAGAGGCAGACGAGCUCGAUGUUCAGCAUUCGGGAGUCCAGCAGGCCGAGGCCUUCGUGCGGGCCUUCCUGAGGCGCAGUAUGCCCCACAUGAGCCGGCAAGCCCGGGAGGACCAGCUGCAGCGCAAAGCUGUCGUUCUGGAGUACUUUACUCGCCGGAAGCGCAAGGAGAAGAAAAGGAAAUCCAGAGGCCUCUCCGCCAGGCAGAGACGGGAGCUGCGGCUCUUUGACAUUAAACCAGAGCAGCAGAGAUACAGUCUUUUUCUUCCUCUACAUGAACUCUGGAAGCAGUACAUCAGGGACCUGUGCAAUGGUCUUAAGCCAGACACGCAGCCACAGAUGAUUCAAGCCAAGCUGUUGAAGGCAGAUCUUCACGGUGCUAUUAUUUCAGUCACGAAAUCCAAAUGCCCUUCUUAUGUGGGUGUUACAGGAAUCCUUCUACAGGAAACAAAGCAUGUGUUCAAAAUCGUCACCCAAGAGGACCGCCUGAAGGUUAUCCCCAAGCUAAACUGUGUAUUCACCGUGGAAAUUGAUGGCUUUGUUUCCUACAUUUAUGGAAGCAAAUUCCAGCUUCGGUCAAGUGAGAGGUCCGCAAAGAAAUUCAAAGCCAAGGGAACAAUUGACCUGUGAAUUCCUUGCUACCUAAGGCAAUUAGUUGUUUAUUACAACUGAAAAUUGGAAAAAAUGCCCCACUUUUCAGGGAAGAGAUGAUUCAGCCAGUUCCUGUCACAGGCCACCUUCAGCCAGUAAGUCAGAGUUAAGGACCUUGAACAGUAUGGGAAGAUGCAAGAACACUGCAUGAAGAAGUCAAGAACAGAGGAAUUCAUGUUUUUAGGUAAUCUUCAUUUUGUAUUUCUCCCAUGGAGGGAGACAACUGGCAGAAGACACGCCAGGAUCAGCACUGGUUGGCUUGAAGAGCAAGUUGACUCCGUUGUUUUCUGAAUGUUCUGUGAUGAAUCUGCUGUAUCUGUAAUGAUAAAAUAUGUAUGUAUGCACAAAGAGCCUCCGACCAAAGGCGCUGCUCAUGUGGUUCCGCCAGGGAAGGGCUACCCCAAAGCUGUACCCAAUGGCAGGUGUUUGUUGACGGAGGAAAAGUAAAGUCACAGUCCAGGCA